CAUACGCUGACCUCCGAGUUCGCUUGCACUAUCCUAUUCACUAACAAUGGCCAAUAAUCUGCCAUUUGAGCUACUAUCUCAAAUUGCGGCAUAUCUACAUGCUGAUGAUUAUCCCCUUGCUGCCUAUACCGUUGUUUGCCGGCACUGGCAGACAGCAUUCGAAUCAUUUAUUUAUUCCAACCUGACCGUGUAUAGUGAAACCGUUGAAGAUCCGGAAGCCUACGAAGACAAGAUUGAAGUUCACAGCAAAUUGCGCGAAAUAUGGAAUACGGCAACGUUCAAGUAUCCCUCUAGACCCGCCUGGAGUAGAGAUGAUCAAAACGCGAAGAAAUCCAGAAAGCCUCUCUCUCUGUCUCUGUUUACAACUCUCACAUCUGGCGCCAACGCCACCCGCCGAGCCUGGAUUCGGCACUUGAAAUACAAAGUUGUUGUCCCGUUUCUUAUCGAAGAUUGGAAGGCAAUCAAAGGGCAACACUACAACUACAAGAACCCUACUCGAGAAGAAAAUAACAAGGCAUUCCAGUCAGGUGUGAUCAGAUUAUUCGAGAUACUGAAGUCCUGGAGCCAAACCCAUCGGCUCUCGUUGGAAUUAGGUCUGUUUGGACGUGAAGUAUGUGGAGAGCCGGAUACCAACGGGCAAUCCCACGCCGGUGAUUAUGACUGGGAUUAUACAAACGGGCGUACUACUGCUGUCCAACCCUAUAGAGCCCGUUUCUUGGAUGAUUCACUGAAGUUUCCAAGCGCCUUAUGCGUUGAUAGACUCCUUUUCCUGAACGGUGCUGAUCGAGAGGGCGGGAAUAGAAAUCAUCGCAUAUGGGCUAGCACAAUAUUUGAGAUCGUUGUGCACUGUCCUACGCUCACAGAACUGGACCUCGAUCUCGACGAAUAUAUUCGUCCAGAUCAUGAAGGUCUCAUUAAACAACGUCGUCAAGAUGUGGCAGAAGGUCUCAAAAGGUUGCCUGAUACUUUAAGAGUGUUCAGGUACAAGAAUCAGACAGAGUUGAACUGGAAGGAAACCAUGCCUGCUUUGAACGUUUUGCCGCCUUCCGGAACAGACGCACUGUCUAUCAACCUGCAGGCCUUGAGCUUCCGUCUUCGAGAAUUGAACGUAGAGCAAACUGCACUAUCGCUCGAUUUUCUAUGCCCCUUGAAUAGAGAUUUGAAGCCGAUAGGUGACCUAUCAUCUUUAUAUUGGCCACACCUCGAAAUCUUGAACUUUGAGCUAGUUCCCCGGUUCACUCCAUCAGGUGAAUGGUUGUUUCAUUAUACGGCGGAGCUUCAAGCUGAAGUUGCAGCAAUUGACGAUUGGAACGCAGAGAUAUGCGACUUGGAGAGAGGCUGGUCCUAUCGGGAAUUGAUAAAUUAUGAUGACUUCCAUCGACUAUUUGCCUCGAUGGGCUAUGCGGCACAACGGAUGCCGCGUCUUUCCCAGAUCAAUUUUGUUGGCGAUUUUGAAUCUGAAAGCACAUUUCACUUUGUCUAUGAUUCAUCUACUGCGGUAUUUACCGCCACCUGGGAAUCAUAUUCGGAGUAUCAGCCGAAUGACCAGGUCGCCAGUGCCUGGGGCUUCCGGUUGGAGGAUACGGAAGAUGACGAGAUGUCGCGAGACUACGGUGCGAUAACAUCUACUGUGAGAUUCCCUAUGUGGCCGCCACAUAGGUAACACAAUGCGCACCUCAUCUAACAUCAUUGGAAAAAGAAACCGUGAUGGGAAAUCUGAAACACUAGCUGUGCACGUGGGCCGAUACUUAGGAACAAGAGCCGGUAGCGGACAGAUGUCCAUUCAUUUACAUUGAGGCGUUGGGGGCCGAGUCUCAUUGAGUUUAGAGUAAGUAAUGUAACCCACACAAUAUCUCCGGGCAGGAUUUCGGAUGAUAAGCUGGAUUUAACGAGAAAUAUUGUGCAUUAGUUGGUUUAAUUAUAGAAGUGUUCAAUUGUUCUAGAAAUUGUGGAUCGAAACAAAAUUAUCAAUCUUAAUCCAGUUGAAAUCCAACCCCGGGAUCCAGAGUUCACCCGGUCUUAGCAACGCUGCUCGACGUCCUCGACUGUACCAGGGGAA